CCAAUCCCUUGAGAGAAACGAGGACAAACUAAAGAGGAAGCCAGAGAAAACAAAAACAAAAAGAAGAAGAAGAUGUUAGGGUUUUUGAUGUAUUCAUCCUGAGAUUUGAGCACAGAGAAGAUGUUUUUGGAUUAUAGCUACCUCUCACAAUCCUUCUUACACCUGCUCACCGCACAGUUAAUUAUCUGCGAGGUUCUGCAAUCUCUGAAGAAGUUCUAGUGGUGGUUUCAGUAUGUCAGGUUCUUGCCAUUUAGACUAAUUUGUCGGAUUCUUGCUUGUUUGUUGUUGUGAUGGAAAGAAACAGACCACAGCAUCCGUUCCAGCAACAGGGUAUGGAACCUGGAUAUGUGAAUGACUCUGUCCCUCAAGCAUUUAUUACACCUGAACAAACAGUUUUGACCAGUGCCAAUCCCAAUCUCCUGCCUCCAAAUUUGAAUGCUUCAGAUGUUAGGCCGGGGCUUCACUACUCCAUACAAACAGGAGAAGAGUUCUCUCUCGAGUUUCUUCGAGAUCGAGUGAUUUCUCAACGGUCUGCAAACCCCAAUGCAGCUGGUGACAUGGUGGGAAACGGGAUGAGGGAGUACGAGAGAGCGAACAACUAUCCGCUUGGGCAUAUCCAGUCAGCACCAGAGGCUUUGUUAUGUCAAGAUAGAAGCUUAGGAGACUUCCACGGGUAUCCAUCUUCGUCGUCAGCCUCGGGUAGUUUAACGGCUAAGGUUAAAAUCCUCUGUAGCUUCGGUGGGAGAAUACUCCCGCGUCCGGGAGAUUCUAAGCUUAGAUACGUUGGAGGUGAGACGCACAUUAUCUCCAUACGGAAGGACAUAUCCUGGCAUGAGCUCAGGCAAAAGGUUCUUGAGAUAUACUACCGGACUCAUGUUGUCAAGUACCAGCUUCCUGGCGAAGAUCUCGACGCCUUGGUGUCUGUGUCGUGCGAGGAGGAUCUACAGAACAUGAUGGAGGAGUAUAACGAGAUGGAGAACCGCGGCGGUUCGCAGAAGCUUAGAAUGUUUCUCUUCUCCGUCGGUGAUUUGGACGGUUCUCUUUUGGGUGUGAGUCAAAGCGAUGCUGACUCCGAGUUUCAGUACGUUGUGGCUGUAAACGAUAUGGACAUUGGAUCGAGAAGCAACUCGACUCUCAAUAGACUGGACAGCCUUUCUGCAAACAGUUUGGGUGAGCUGGAUGUUAGGAACAACACUGAGGGGGGCAUCAUCAACGGUGUUUCCCCUCCGGGGAUUGAUCUCCAACAACAACAAUCCUCUAUGCAGUAUUCUGACUCUGCACCACCACCACAAAGCUCAAUGCUGCAGUAUCCUCCUCAAUCUAUUCCACCACUCAAUGCUGCGUAUCAGUUUCAGCAUCAAGCUGUUCCGCCGAACUCUACGCUUCAGUAUGCACAGGUCAUUCCUCCUAAUCCAUCUCUUCAGUAUCCUCAAUCUAUUCUACCAGGUUCUACUCUUCAGUAUCCACAAUCUAUUUCCACCAGCUCCUAUGGAAUGUACCCACAGUAUUAUGAAAGUCAGCAGUUUCCAAUGCAUUACGGACCCGGUUCUAUUUCCAUGCCUUUCCAAGGAGGGCAGCAGCCAAACCAUCACCCUGGAAUCACCACACAGCAAAACGCAGCAGUUCAUACAGGAGAGCUGAACAUAACACCUGAGAUGAGAGUUGGUGAGAAUGUAGAGCCUGAAAAUCGCCAGAACACUCCUCCUCCUCAAGCGGAUAAUAAUCACUGCGUAGUUCGGGAGGCACCAGUUUCUCCAACUGUACCUAGCCAGAAUGCUUCGCAUAUGUUGCCACCAAGAAGAGACCCGCGGCAGCAGAACAAUCCUGUGAUGAAGCCCCGUGAUACUGUUGUUGUUCCUCCUGAGCAGGUUCCUGUGUCUGGUGAGGAUGAUCAGCUUUCAACAUCGAGUGGUACAUGUGGUGGUCUUGCUCAGACUGACUCUGAGUCUAACUUAAUCGAUCUUGAUUACCCGGAACCACCGUUACCGCCCAUGCGGAGGGUGUAUGGUUCAGAGAGGAUACCUCGUGAACAGUUGGAAAUGCUAAACCGUCUGUCCAAGUCUGAUGACUCUCAGUUCUUAAUGUCUCAUUCACAAGCUAUCACUGGACAGCAAGAUCCAGCAAAGCAAGGAGAGGGUAAAUCUCAUGAAGAUUCACAUAUUGUUAAUGAAACGACCUCUGAGAAGGUUGGGGUCAAUGGUGGAGGAGGUAUCGAGGCUGAAGAUUCACAUUCAGACACGUCCACUAAUCAUGCAAUCCCUGAAAACCGAGCUCCUUCAAGUGUUCUAAUCGACAUCAAUGAUCGGUUCCCUCAAGACUUCCUCUCUGAAAUAUUUGCAAAGGCGCUCUCUGAGGAGGGAAUGACACCAGGCGUCAACGCGUAUCAGCAUGAUGGUGCGGGUGUUAGUUUGAAUGUAGAGAACCAUGAUCCUAAAAACUGGUCUUAUUUUCGGAAACUGGCGGAGGAACAGUUCGACAGUGAAAGAGAUGUUCCCCCAGGCUUUCCAUCUGACAUGGAAGAUAGCGGAGUGAAUGCCAAGUUGCAUCCAUUGACAAGAGAUGGCGUUGCAACAGAGAACAGUGUGGAUCCUCAGCUGAAUGUAGGUCAAGAUUAUGAUUACGUUGCUGGCACUGACGAGGAUGCACAGAUGAAGGUCACAGAGAGUGAGGAGUUUGGUGCUAUGGUUGAGAAUCUAAGGACUCCGGAUGGUGAACAUGAGGAUGAUGAAAAGACAGAAUCAAGGAAUGCUGCGCUUCCUCCACUUGGUUCGCCUAUGGCAGAUUAUGACACAAAUGGGUUGCAGAUCAUUAUGAAUGAUGAUCUCGAGGAGCUAAAGGAACUUGGUUCUGGCACUUUCGGUACAGUGUAUCAUGGGAAAUGGAGAGGAUCAGAUGUUGCCAUCAAGAGGAUAAAGAAGAGUUGCUUUUCUGGUCGAUCUUCUGAACAAGAGAGAUUAGCUGGUGAAUUCUGGGGAGAAGCUGAAAUUCUAUCAAAGCUUCAUCAUCCGAAUGUGGUUGCAUUAUAUGGUGUUGUAAAAGACGGACCUGGUGGAACAUUGGCUACUGUAACAGAGUACAUGGUUGAUGGCUCUCUGAGACAUGUUCUAAUCAGGAAAGAUAGACACCUGGAUCGUCGUAAGAGACUAAUCAUUGCCAUGGAUGCUGCAUUUGGAAUGGAGUAUUUGCACGCCAAAAACAUUGUUCACUUCGAUUUGAAAUGUGACAACUUACUUGUAAACCUCAAAGAUCCUUCUCGCCCAAUCUGCAAGGUUGGUGAUUUCGGUUUGUCGAAAAUUAAACGAAAUACAUUAGUAUCUGGUGGUGUACGUGGAACCCUUCCAUGGAUGGCACCAGAGCUUCUAAAUGGUAGCAGCAGCAAAGUUUCAGAGAAGGUGGAUGUCUUCUCUUUUGGUAUAGUCUUGUGGGAGAUUCUAACUGGAGAGGAACCAUAUGCUAAUAUGCACUAUGGUGCUAUAAUAGGUGGGAUAGUGAACAACACACUGAGGCCAACGAUACCAACUUACUGUGACUCUGACUGGAGAAUACUAAUGGAGGAGUGCUGGGCGCCUAAUCCUACGGCACGGCCAUCCUUCACGGAGAUAGCUCGUAGGUUACGUGUGAUGACAACUGCUGCAACUUCAAACCAGUCCAAACCGCCAGCUCACAAUAAGGCUUCAAAGUAGAACAGAGUCUUUAAUCUGUAUACUCUUUUCAAUGUUUUGGGGUCAGGAGGAAGAUAUUUGUUGACCCUUUUCUCCUUUCCCUUUCCCUUUCUCAUUUUUUUUUUCAUUUACCAAAACCAUGAACAUGUUUACGUAAUAAAAUUGGUUUGAGUAUUUUGUAUCAACAGUCAAAAGUUGUUUUAUCUCA